UUUGAACUGAUUUGAUUUUUGGAAUUGAAUUGGAAGCUAAGGAAGAAUCCAUGGAGAACAAAUUUGAUGAGCUGAUCAUGAAAAGAGAUAGUGUUGUUUCAAUGGGAAUUCCUGUAUUUUCCGAUGAGAUUCCGAGCAUCUCUCCGCCGUUGCAGCAAGCUCUGUUCGACAUCUCUACGUGUGAAGCUGACAAGACUACUUAUUAUUCUUUGGGCUUCUUAGAUGCUCAACAUAACAACACUACUACACCCAUACGCUCUAACACCAUAUUUGAUCUCAUCAUCCACACUCCGCCGCCUUCAGCUCCCUCCCCGGUGGCUUCUACUACAUCUCUUCCGGAGUCGUCCGAGGUGGUGAUGAACACUACUCCCCCUACCCCUAAUUCUUCAGUGCUGUCUUCGUCCUCCAAUCAAGAAGCUAUUGCGGUGGCCAACGAUGAUCAACAGCAGACCAGUAAAACAGUGGAGGAAGAAGAUGAAGACAGGACUACUAUGAAACAGCUGAAACUCAAAAAGAAGAAGAAGAAUGAGAAGAAGAGGCAAAGGGAAGCAAGAUUUGCGUUCAUGACAAAGAGUGAAGUGGAUCACUUGGACGAUGGGUAUAGAUGGCGCAAGUACGGUCAAAAAGCUGUCAAGAACACCCACUUUCCCAGGAGCUACUAUCGUUGCACGGCAGCUUCAUGCGGCGUGAAGAAAAGAGUAGAAAGAUGGUGCGAAGAUGCGUCCAUUGUUGUGACCACAUAUGAAGGUACCCACACGCAUCCGUGUCCCAUCAAGCACGCCGGAUCCGGUGGCCUUGCCGCCCUUGGAAUUGGGAAUAUGCCAACACCCUCCACCUCCUUCUUUCCUACUACUACUGCACAUCCACAAGGUGGAAUUACCAGUAGCAGUAGUAGUUAUUGUUUUCAGGACAAUAAUAAUGUAAUAUUAAUACCAUCUCCAUCUCCAUCCUCUCAACAACUUCACUAUCCCCUGCAACCCACCACCAGCUAUUUCCGCAGUCCCACUACUUAUACUAAUAAUAUUAGCAGUGGAGCUUCACUACUUUGCGCGCACACUACUGAUUCAAUCACCACCACUACUUUGCAUACUAAUUUAUUGGCAUUGCCAGUGCCACAGCGAGGCCGCUCAUUGCCUCCUUCUUCGCUAUCACUAUCAUCAUCCUCAUUAAUUCGAGACCAUGGGCUUCUACAGGAUAUGGUACCAUUUCAGAUGGUAAAACAGGAGGAGCAGCCCGGCCUGCCAACAAAUUAAAUUAAAGAUAUAUGCAUUAGUAGCUAGCUAGCUAGGACAUAUAUUUAUGUUCUGAUCUGAUAAUCUUGAUCAUUAUUUGUUAGUAGAUUAGUGUUCAUUCCUACGUUACGUUAGUUCUAACACAUCCAUCCAUUACUAUUUUGAUCAAGUAUAUAUGAUCCAUCCAAAUGGCCUGGUCUGUAGUACGUGGUGUUUAGCAUGAACCCAUCAGAUAGAUCAGAUCACAAUUAUAUUAUAUAUACGUACUAGUAUAUGUAGCUAGGCAGGCCAGGUUUUAUGUAAGACAAGUGGGUAGCUACUUGAGCAUGCAUUAUUUAUCAGGCAUAUAUAUGUAGUAAGUAUUAUAUUGUAUAGUAUUACUCAAAGGAUGGAAUGAUGAGCACGCAGAUUCUGGAUGGAUGGGCUCUUUUCAUCUUUUGUAUAUCCACUAUCCAUCAUUGGAUGUCUUCAAUUCUU